UAAUUGAAAUCAACCCUAAGUUCCUGUUUUAUCCGCCCUAAAGGUAGCCCCGAUUAUUGCUGACUUAAGCAUCGGAGUGUCUACCCCGAGAACCCACCUCGGGGCUUUGCAGGUUCAUCUGAAGUGAAGACGCGGAUUAAAGAAGGACUUCUGGUUUGGUGCAAUUACAUUGGCACCGUCUGUGGGAACUCGCACUGAAAGCUCCCUUGUUGCUCUUAUCAUGGUUAAAACUAGGUCAGUCCGAGGUGGAAACUCAUCCCAGCCUCUUGGACGAGGUCAGGUCCCCAGCAACCUCCCACCCCAUCCCCCACCCCCAAUCCUAAAUACACUCCCUCGUGUUGACCAUGCAGAAGGAGGAGAUAAAAAUCAGCCACACAAUUCGGCUUACAAUUCAACCUCUACUGCCAACCAAGACGUAGUUGCAACUCAGCUUGCUGACAUGCAACAGCAAUUUGGUGUCUUUCAGUUAGUGCUGGCUCAACUAUUAGCCCGGAACAAUCCUGGUGAUCCACUCAUCAACCUACUCAAUCCUGCUCCACAACCCCCAGCUCCACAACAAAACCCUGGACCAGUUCCGCAUGCUCCUGCUAUCAGCGAAUCUCAAGGCCAAUCUCAAAUUGCCCCAGUUCAGCAACCCCUCCAUGAUGAUGUCACUCGACGUCUAGACAGCUUAGAAAAGCUCGUGGCUGAACAGCGAGGUAAUGCUCGAACCUGGUACUACAGUCUAUCUCCGAGGUCAAUCAGCUUUUAUACAGAACUGGCAUCUGCUUUUGCUACAAAGUUUUCCAGUAGAAGGUUGAUCAAGAAAACUACUUCUGAACUGAUGCGAGUUAAACAAAGGGACAGGGAAUCUUUGAAGAAUUUUAUGAGCAAAUUCAAUGAUGUCGUACUAGAGGUUAACUCUUUUGACCAGGCUGUGGGAAUUACAGCUGUGAUCUCAGGUCUUAGCCAUGAGAGGUUCAGGGAUAGCCUGCUUAAACAUCCUGCCACCACCUUCAACGAGGUAAAUGAUAGAUCACUGAAAUUCAUCACUACUGAGGAAUAUGCCCUGUCGCAAAACCCAAUUCCUAUUAAGAACCAACACUCGCACUGGAGAGAUGAGGAUCCGAACAGGAAACGGAUGAAGACAACACCGAACCGAGGUCCGAUGCCGACUUCCACCUCGAGAUUCGGAAGGCAGAACUUAGCACCUCCGCAACAAUCUGCAGUUGUUACACCUCACAAUGAUCCUCUGGUCACUUCCGUCCUAAUUAACAACUGUGAAGUACAAUGUGUCCUUGUUGACACCGGAAGUGCACCAGACAUCAUGUACUUCCACUGUUUUGAGAGUCUUGGACUAGAUCUGGCAUUGUUGCAGAAAUACGAUGGUCCCAUUUACGAUUUCAAUAACCAGCCAAUUCCAGUUGAAGGUGUUCUCACCAUGAAUGUGGCAUUUGGGAGUGGCCGAACCUAUGUGACUCCUUCAAUCCGGUUUCUAGUAGUCAAGAUGGCGUCCUCUUUCAAUGUUGUUAUUGGCCGACCCACACUGACUGAAAUUCGAGCCGUGGUUUCCCAGUCUCACCUCUGCAUGAAGUUCCCCACUCCAAUGGGCAUACCAACACUGCAAGAAGAUGAAACCAGAGCUACCCCAGUUGAAGAUGUUGAAGAGGUGCACAUAGAUGACAGAGAUCCGAGCCGAACAAUGCAAAUUGGAACUAAAUUGAACCCGGGGGAAAGAGCAGAGCUAAUAGCUUUUCUUCGGGCCAAUAAAGAUGUUUUUGCAUGGACUUCAGCAGAUAUGCCGGGAAUUCCCACUUCAGUUUCUCAACAUAAACUUAGCACCAAUCCACUCAAGAAACCAGUAGCCCAGAAGCGGCGCCUCUUUGGGGGGGAAAGGUUAAAGGUUAUUAAAGAAGAAGUCGAGAAACUCCUACAAGCUGGUUUUGUCAGAAGGGUCGAUUAUUGUGAGUGGGUCGCCAAUCCAGUGCUGGUGAAAAAAGCAAACGGUAAAUGGUGGAUGUGCAUCGAUUACACUAACCUCAACGAUGCAUGUCCAAAGGACUGUUACCCAAUGCCAAACAUUGAUAAGUUGGUUGAGGCAGCUUUGAGAAAUGAGAGAUUAAGUCUCUUGGAUGCAUAUUCAGGAUAUCACCAGGUGCCAAUGGCUCCAAAAGAUGAAGAAAAAACCUCGUUCUAUGCCGGCGAUGAAAUUUAUUGCUAUGUGAUGAUGCCCUUCGACUUGAAGAACGCGGGUGCCACUUACCAAAAGAUGGUUACGAUUGUAUUCCGAGCUCAGAUAGGCAAGAAUCUGGAAGUCUAUGUUGAUGACAUAGUAGUGAAGAGUUUAAAAGCUGAAGAUCACUUAACUGAUCUCGAGGAGACAUUCAACAACCUCAAAAAGAACAUAAUGAGGCUCAAUCUAGUGAAGUGCAUCUUCGGCGUGGAGUCUGGAAAAUUUCUAGGCUUCAUGAUGUCCAGGAGGGGGAUCGAGGUUAACCUAGAGAAGAUCAAAGCAGUAGCCGAGAUGGAACCGCCGAAGUCAGUAAAAGAUAUACAGAGGUUGACUAGAAGAGUGGCAGCUCUUCAUCGGUUCAUAUCAAAGUCAGCAGAUAAAUGCCUGCCAUUUUUCAAAAUUAUGAGGUCAGUCGCCCAGAAGGACGAAUCAGGUAAACAAAAAAAGUUUGAAUGGAGUCAGGAGUGCCAAACCGCAUUUGACGAGCUGAAGUCUUAUCUUAGCUCACCACCUCUACUAACUAAGGUCGUAGAUGAAGAGAUUCUCUAUUUGUAUCUAGGAAUUUCAGAUGAAGCCAUUAGCUCGGUCCUGGUGAGAGAGGAAGCCAAACAGCAGAAGCCAAUAUAUUACAUCAACGGUGUGCUGCAUGGAGCAGAGAAGAGGUAUCCCCUUGCUGAGAAAGCAGCUUUAGCAGUUGUCACUUCGGCCAGGACGUUGAGAUCUGCAAUCCGAGCUCAGGCACUGGCAGAUUUCAUUGUAGAAUGCACUCCAUGUCAUUCAACCCCCAAUCUAGAGCCCAACGAGUGGACCUUAUAUGUUGAUGGGGCAUUUAGUAGCAAAGGUUCAGGAGCUGGAGCUCUCUUGAUUGGCCCAAAUGGGUACCGAAGUGAACAUGCCUUGAAGUUCAACUUCGAUGCAACAAAUAACAUGGCUGAGUAUGAAGCUCUGCUACUUGGUUUACAACUAGCAUUGGAGUUGAAAAUCAACGCAAUCCAGGUGUAUAGUGACUCCCAGCUAGUGGUGAAUCAAAUCAACUCACUCUGCGAAGUUGUCGAUUCGGUAAUGAUGAAGUAUGUAGCCCUUGUGGCUGAGCUGAAGUGCAGAUUUCAGAGGUUCUGUCUGAGCAAAAUUCCCUGGGCUGAGAAUGAACAAGCAGAUUCACUUUCUAAAUUUGCCUCGGAUAGCUCUUUAAGUUCUAGAUCAGUUUUUGUGGAGGUCCUAGAUGCACCAAGCUUCACGAAGCCGCAGGUGAUGGAGAUCAGCACAGACCCAGGCAUGCCAAGCUGGACUGACUCAAUUGUCUCCUUCCUACGAGAUGGGGUGAUACCUGAGGAGAAGCAGGAGGCAAUGAAGUUGAGGAAGAAAGCAUCUCGGUAUACACUUGUUGAUGGGGUCCUCUAUAAGAGAUCUUUCUCACUCCUUCUCCGACGGUGCUUGAAUCCCUAUGAAGUAGAGUAUGCACUCAAGGAGGUGCAUGAAGGUGUCUGCGGAAGUCACGUGGGGCCUCGAACUUUGGCUCAUAAAGUUCUUAGACAGGGCUAUUAUUGGCCCAACAUGUACAAGGAUGCCACUCAGUUCGUACAAAGGUGUCAAAAAUGUCAGUUGUUCGCACAUCUAAUUCACCAGCCUGCAGAAGAGCUCACUACUUUGGUAGCACCUUGGCCAUUCGCUCAAUGGGUUCUUGACCUUUUAGGCCCAUUUAUGAAGGGGUUCACCUCGGUUUACCAUCCGAAGUCCAACGGCAUGGUCGAAUCUGUUAACAAAUGCAUCUUAGAAGGUAUAAAGCCAAGGUUGGAACAACACAAGGCCAAAUGGGCAAACGAGCUCAACAACGUCCUCUCGGCAUACAGAACUACGAGCCGAACUGCCACAGGUGAAACACCCUAUCAUCUGGCCUUUGGUACCAAAGUAGUCAUUCCUAUCGAGAUAGGAGUCCAAAGCUUCAGGGUCACCCAUUUCAAUGAAGAGCGAAAUGGACAACUGCUUCGGGAAAACCUUGAUUUGCUUGAUGAAAUCAGAGAAGAAGCACGACUUCGAACUCUACUAGCGCCAAACUGGGAAGGCCCCUACACUAUGGCCGAAGUGCCCCACUCAAGUGUUUAUAUCCUACAGGACACUGAAGGCAAAAGGGUUCCUAGAGUCUGGAAUGUCAAUAACUUGAAGAAAUUUUACCCUUAAAGAAAUUUUACCCUUAGUACAAUCCUUUCCAGUAAAAACUUUGUCCUUACUGUAUUGAAACUUAAUUCAUUAAUGAAGUUCACUUCACAUU